AAGUACAUACAACAUAUGUGUUUGAUAGCAAUCAACGCAGUGUACGCGCUGAAGUGACGUCAUUUCUCUAGAGAACAAAGGCCUUAUCUGCUAUUAAUGAUUUAGAUGAAUUUUUCUGACAAAGUUUUCUCCCAACUAUCCACCUAUCCACGACUGUUAUAAACGGCUCGACAAACCGCGUAACUUUCAUCGCCGAUAUUUGGACCAUAUGUUCUUCAAGCAAUUGAGUGCACUCGUCAACGCUUUUGAUACGAUAUAUGCCAUCACGAUAAAACACCAUUUCAAUGCUUUGCUUACGCCAUAUACUGGCUAUAUUCUUGAUAUUAUUUUCAAUUUGCAAUUCCAUGGUCGCAGCAUUUGAAAUAUCUUGGAUAUCCUCUGAAUAGGAUUGGAAGUCCAGCUCUAUAAUCAGCUCCAGCGUAAAUUUGUUUGAGUUCUCGUCAAAAUCUCUGUUCGUAAUUCAAGAAACAGUUAAACAGCAAAUUCUCAACGUAAACCUAAACCUUACAACUUACUCUUGCGGAUAUCACAGCAGCAGAAUAAAACAGCAAAAGAAAAUAGAGGCAGAAAUGAUAAUUUGUGGCAAUAUUCUAGUGGAUUUUAAAAGUAAUAAAUUCCUGUUAAAGUGCAUACUGUGUGAAAAAAAAUCUCGCUUGUAUAGAGAUUUUGUAAAACAUAUUAAAAAUAAACAUAAACAUGAAACUUCACCGCUACCGCAACAAAAAGAAGAAGUUAAGUCAGAAUGCGAGCAACAGCAGCAACAAGAUGAAGAUGAGCUGAGUACUAAAGGUGAUGUGAGUGUGAACAUGAAUGCGGAUAUGGAUAAACAUCCAUUAGCGGAAAUUGAAAUAAAACCGCCAGAGUCUGAAUUGGCACAAGAGGAGGACAGCAUUGACUUUAUUCCGAUCGGAAUUCCGAUGGGCAUGCCAGAGGAUUCGGAAGAUGAUAUUAAAGACGAAGUUGAAGAUGAGCAAGAAUUUAUGCCAGAAGAUGAAGAAUUUAUACCAGACGAGAUGGAAUUUGAUACAGACGAUAACGACAACGAUGAUGAAGAACAAAAUGAGGAUGAGAGUUCGGAUAAUUUAGACGUGCCUGCUUAUACAGAGAAAUUUAUCCCUACAUUUUUUAGAAAAAAACGUUUUUUAAAUGAUUUCAUUGAUUUAUAUAAAACACAGCAGUGUUUAUGGAACAUUAAUGAUCCUUUAUUCGAAAAUGAAGAAGCACGCCAACAGGCUAAGAAAGCCAUCGUAAAGGGUAUGCAAAAGUUUAAUGUCUAUAUGAAAGAUAAAAACUUACAUAAGGCUUUGGAUAAAUUGCACAGAUUGUGCGCUGGUAUCAAACAAAAUUUCGAUGAUCCAAAUCCGAAGAAAAUUCCCAGUGUAGCCAAGGAAUAUUAUAAGAGAUGUGAAUUCCUUAACGAACUUAUCGAAAGAAAGAAAAUCUCCAAAACUGAUCAAAUGAUGAAAAAGGCUUUAAACUUCCAACAUUACGACUUGGCCACCGUCAAUUUUAUUGAUUGCUAUGCGAAUUAUCCCAUUUUCUACGAUGGACGGCACGAAUACCACAACAGUCUAGAGGAACGCCAAAGAUCCUUAGAGGAACUGGCCAGCAAUUUAUCCUCACAAUACGAUAUUUCUUUAAAUGACGACGAACUUCUCAAGGCAAUUGAUCAAUUUCAAGCUUGGUUUUACAGAAUGGGCAAACGUUUUAAAAGUAAAAAAACAAAACCUUCAAAGGCGGAUGAAAUAUAUUUUCAAAAGUGUAAAAUAUUUAUGCCAGAUGAACCAGCCAAAAAAGGCAUAAACUGUGGCUAUUGUGACAAGAUAUACUUAUGUGUAAAUACCUUAAGAGUUCACCAUUAUAAGGAUCACCAAGUUGGUGAACUGCCUUUCAAAUGCGAACAGUGUGGGCGUACCUUUGACCAGAAUUCCUCAUUAACUGUGCAUAUCCAAAGAGCCCAUGUUGGAAAAGUAUAUCAAUGCGAAUAUUGCGAACGACGUUUUGCAGUUAAAUCGGAUCUCAACGUUCACAAGCGCAUUCAUACAGCCGAAAAACCGCAUGUCUGCGAACAUUGCGGCAAAUCGUUUAGACUCCGUAGCCAGUUAGGAUAUCAUGUAACUGCCAUUCAUACGAAAAUACGAGCAUUUAAAUGCACUAUGUGCCCGAAGGAUUUUUUGAAAAAACGCGACUUGACCGAUCAUGUCAAAACACAUUUCAACAUACGCGAUAAAAUCUGCGAGACCUGUGGCAAAGGUUUUUCCAAUUGUCAUUCGUUGAUCAGACAUCGACAAAUACAUUCGGAAAUCCGAAAGUUUGCCUGUAAAUUAUGUGAUGCUAAAUUUAAGCAAUUUGUCGGCCUUAACGGUCACAUGAAACGUACACAUAACAUAGUAAAGAAGAGUAGUGGGAGUAAUUAAGUAGAUAAGGAAAAAUGGAGAAAAAAUAAAACAAAGACAAAUAUAAAAUGUACGGAAGUAAUUUCUUUAAAUGCGAAAAAUGAUUAGAACAAUUUGCCGGCAGGGAUUAAUUGCUGUUAGAAUUUGGAACACAGCUAGAUACUGCAAAAAACAUUAUGAAGAUUGUGCAAUUUGUUGUCAUUACUGGUAGUAGAGCGCUUUUUACAAAAAAAUGUAUAUAAAAAUAAAAAUUGGAG